UGCAAUCUCUGCUGCGUCCAUAUCCCGAGUCCUGGCCUCUCGCCUCACUCCCCAGACAACAUGAGCUUCACCACCCGCUCCACCACCUUCUCCACCAACUACCGAUCCCUGGGCUCGGUCCAGUUGCCCAGCCACCGGGUCCGGCCGGCCAGCAGCGCGGCCAGCGUCUAUGCGGGCGCCGGGGGCUCGGGCUCCCGGAUCUCCGUGUCCCGCUCCUCCAGCUCCCGGGGCGGCUGGGGGUCCGGGGGCCUGGCCGGCGGGGUGGCCGGGGGUCUGGCGGGAAUGGGGGGCAUCCAGGGCGAGAAGGAGACCAUGCAAGCCCUCAACGACCGCCUAGCCUCCUACCUGGACAGGGUGAGGAGCCUGGAGACUGAGAAUCGGAGACUAGAGGGCAAAAUUCGGGAACACCUGGAGAAGAAGGGACCCCAGGUCAGGGACUGGAGCCACUACUUCAAGAUCAUCGAGGAACUGAGGGCUCAGAUCUUUGAGGUUUCUGUGGACAACGCCCGCAUCGUUCUGCAGAUUGACAAUGCCCGGCUGGCUGCAGAUGACUUCAGAGUCAAGUACGAGACGGAGCUGGCCAUGCGCCAGUCUGUGGAGAGUGACAUCCAUGGGCUCCACAAGGUCAUUGAUGACACCAACGUCACCCGGCUGCAGCUGGAGACGGAGAUCGAGGCUCUCAAAGAGGAGCUGCUCUUCAUGAAGAAGAACCAUGAGGAGGAAGUAAAGGGCCUACAAGCGCAGAUUGCCAGCUCUGGGCUGACCGUGGAGGUGGAUGCCCCCAAGUCUCAGGACCUCAGCAAGAUCAUGGCAGACAUCCGAGCCCAGUAUGACGAGUUGGCUCAGAAGAACCGAGAGGAGCUGGACAAGUACUGGUCUCAGCAGAUUGAAGAGAGCACCACAGUGGUCACCUCUCAGUCCGCUGAGAUAGGAGCUGCUGAGAUGACACUCACAGAGCUGAGACGUACUGUCCAGUCCUUGGAAAUUGACCUGGACUCCAUGAGGAAUCUGAAAGCCAGCCUGGAGAACAGCCUGCGGGAGGUGGAAGCCCGCUAUGCCCUGCAGAUGGAGCAGCUCAACGGGGUCCUGCUGCACCUGGAAUCGGAGCUGGCACAGACCCGGGCAGAGGGGCAGUGCCAGGCCCAGGAGUACGAGGCCCUGCUGAACAUCAAGGUCAAGCUGGAGACUGAGAUUGCCACCUAUCGCCGCCUGCUAGAAGACGGAGAGGACUUCAGUCUCAGCGACGCCCUGGGCUGCAGCAACUCCAUGCAAACCAUCCACAAGACCACCACCCGCAGGAUCGUGGACGGCAAAGUGGUAUCUGAGACCAACGACACCCAAGUUCUGAGGCACUGAGGCAGCAGAAGCAGGGUGCCCUCUGGGGAACCGGUGACCAAUAAAAACUUCUGCAUCUUCAAAAAAAAAAAAAAAAA